AUGGACUCACAUGAUCAAAGUCGCCGCAAUCUCGGUCUUCUCAAGCGUCUCCAUUCCGAGAUUAUGUACCAAGUCAUCAACACCCUACCAAACGCUGAUAUCAAGAAUCUCCGCCUAACAUGCUCUUAUCUCGGGAACAUCUCUCACCCACGCUUCAACCGCGUAUUCAUAUCGGCUAAUCCGCUUGACAUUGAGGUCUUCACCUUGAUAGCGAACCACGAUAUCUUUCGGUUCAAAGUCACAGAGAUGAUCUACGAUGACUCGCGCUUUGAUCAUUCUUUGAGAAGAUGGUCUUCAGAUAUAAUCGAAGAAUAUCAUGACCCCACAACUCCACUCUACUGGUUCAGAGAGGUUUAUAAUUCCAUCGUCAGAGGCAUUGAAGCUAAGGAGGGUGAGAAUGAUUAUAUCCCUCACGUCAAGGAAGCUUUCAAGACUCGCUGUACCAUGCGUGAGUCAUGGGAAGUGUAUUGCAAGCUUAAAUCGCAGCAAGAUGAAGUGCUUGCGUCAGGUCGCGACGCUGACGCUUUAAGAUAUGGUCUUUCGCACUUUCCAAACCUGAAAAGAGUUACUCUGAGUCCUGCUGCUCACGGCAUUCUUGGAAGACCAUUAUAUCCCACGCCUACUAUCAGAUCUUUCCCCAAAGGCCUGAUAUACCCUCUGGAGCGUUGCUGGCCCAAACCAGACCUACUGGGAGACUACUCCCUUACCCCUUGGGAUGAAACAUAG